AUGGUAGCACAUGUCGAAGAAGUGUGCGUGGCAGCAUCACAUCAAGGGAAGGGCCUGGGCUUGAUCAUCAUCCAAGCUCUUAACGCGACAGCCAAAGACCUCGGUGUUGGAAAACUGAUCUUGAACUGUAGCGAUAAGAACGUCAAGUUCUAUGAAAAGUGUGGUUAUUCGACUGCAGGUCAGCAAAUGGAACUCAAAUAUAACAGUAGUUAG